GUGCCAUUCAAACGAACCACCAACAACCUGCACUCACCCCUUCAUCUUUCGCGUUUCCUCGCGCUGCGAUUCAGACAUCAACGCCACUGCGCAAGGAUGAGUGGUCCAAGUGGCUCGUCAGCCAAUGCGCUCGCCGGUGCUGCGAGUCGACCCCUUGCUUCCACAGCAGGUCCUUCUAAUGGCCCUUCCCUGGAGCCCGGCAACGCAAAUGGGUCCAACUCGACUACCAAUCCUAUGUCCAAUAUACCCUCUAGUGAAGGACCUUCCGUGACGACGAAUGGUGUUCCACCUCCGACCGAGCUCGACGUCGAUAGGAUGACGGCUGGCUCUGUGCACAACUUCCUGGCCGCGAGGGGAUACAACAAGGCGUUGGCGGCCUUGCAGAGCGAAUUGAGCAGUGCAGAUGAUACGACGACAGUAGGAGUCGCCGGCGGUGCAAUCUCCAUCGGCGAGCUGGCAGCCAAGAAUGCGCCAAGAGAUGUUACUAGAGGUGCUUCGGGUCCAGGUGCGGAGGAAAAGCACGCAACAGAGAUGCUCAAGCAGGAUUUCAGCGACAAGGAGAGAGGAUUCCAAAACUUGAGGUGGUGGUGCGAGGGAAGCUUAGACGUAUACCGCCCUGAGCUGUUACCGCUACUCUUACCCAUCUUUGUCCACUCGUACCUCGACCUCGUGCAUUCUGGCAACGGCAGCGCAGCUGCUUCGUUGUACAAGCACAGCAGCGAGCUCUUCCAACCUUCACAAGCCUCAUUGUUGUCCAGGCUGCGAGCUAUCUCGCUUCCGUCGCACGUCCUUUCAGAUGGAUUGGCGCAGAGGUUCAGGUCGGAAAGAUAUGUUCUCAAAAUGUCUUCCACCGUCUUCGCUUUGCUGCUUGGCUGGCUUACGGACGGAGCUGGGCCUGUCCAGCCUGCCAAUCAGCUGGACGAGGGCGAUCCUGAUGAGAGAGGCAGAAAGUCGGUGCUUCGAAUCCUGAACGAGAGAUGUCGGAUACAAGUUCUGAACGUUGCUGCGCAGGAGUUGGCUCGACUAAGACUGGAAGAAGGAACCGGGCUCACUGGGGCAGGGCCUAGCUAUUCGAUCGACGACAACCAGCCUACUCAGAAGUCUCUCUUGUCCAACCAUCUCAGCUCCGCAGCCGUAGGCAGCACAGAUGUGGUCGCAGACUUUAACGCUGCAGCUGCUGGUCCUCAACUCAAAUUGGGCCCUGAGAUACCUUUAUCCGAAAGGCUAGCAGAGGAGGUACAAAGGCAGGACAAGGCCGAGCAGAAGAAAGAGCAAGAAGAAGCUGAAAAGAAGAGAAAUGGCAGUCCUGAUAACGAGGCACAGUUGGGUGAGACGCCCAUGGAGGGGGUCGAGGAGGGUCGUGGUGCUGCACAUUCGCCUCAGCAGGCUGAUGGAGAAUCUCGGGACAUAUUAUCGGCGGCACCGGCCUCUCGAGCCAGAAGUACAGCCACGCCUGCUCGAGGUGGGACCGCUGCUGCUACAGUCCGAGCGGAGACUGCAGCUCCAAGCGGUCAAGCAGCGUCGACAGCACAAAAGUCAGACUUGAUACAGCCACAGUACGCAGACCUUCCACCACAAGCACCUCUCUUUAGAUCGGUGGACGUGGAACGAGAAGUGGCGCGGAUGCGAGACGCUCGCAAAGCUAUUCGCUUCGGUCCUAUUGCUGAGGCGCAGAUCAAGGAAGAAAAUUUGAAUGCUGCUGAGGGCCCCGCUCCACGGAUAGCUACUCUACCAUCCAUUUGCGCUUACACCUAUCACGACGCCGAGGAUGGGCUCGCGUGCUCGACCUUCUCCAUAGACUCUAGCUUGAUGGCUGCUGGCUUCGAAGACAGCUAUGUGCAAGUAUGGAGCCUCAAAGGCGAGCCCUUGCAGCCACUACAGGGCAACAUCGACCUGACGAAGGUCUCUGACUCCAAAUCCUUGAAAAAGCAGAGGCAGCACACGUCACUCACUACGCGGAGAUUGGUGGGUCAUAGCGGACCAGUAUACGGCGUGUCCUUUGAUCCUGUCAACGGUACGGCCGGCGCGCCCAAGCACCUUCUAAGCUGUUCAGCUGAUGGCUCAGCGCGCCUGUGGUCUUUGGACACAUAUUCCGCGCUUGUUGCUUACCGUGGGCAUCAAUUGCCGGUCUGGGACAUCGAAUGGGGACCAAUGGGUGUCUAUUUCGCGACUUCAAGCGCCGACAGAACAGCGAGACUUUGGAAUACCGAGCGGAUACACCCGUUGCGCAUGUAUGCAGGGCAUCUGAGCGACGUGGACUGCUUGCGCUUCCAUCCCAACUCUUUGUACCUCGCUACCGGUUCCUCAGAUCGCACAUGCCGACUAUGGGACGUUCAGCGCGGCGCCUGCGUGAGGUUGUUCGUCGGCCACUCGAGCCCCGUGUCAAGCGUUCGCAUCAGCCCAGAUGGUCGAUACUUGGCAUCGGCAGGGGCAGGCUCGGCUUUGGGACCAUCUCAAGCACCCUCCAGCUUUGGACUCAAUGCGCGAAACGGCAUCUCAUCACAUGACGACGACUGCUCCAUCAGUCUUUGGGACUUGGGUUCUGGAAAGAGGAUCAAGAAGAUGUGGGGACACUCGGCUUGCAUCAACGAUAUCGACUUCACAAAGGACUCGAAACUGCUCAUUAGUGCGGCUGCUGAUUGCACUGUCAAGGUAUGGGACGUAGCAGCUGCCGGUGGUGAGGGUAUCAGCGCUUCUGGGCACGGCGCAUCAGCCGCAGUGGUUGCUGACGGCACUGGAGGCUCUUUGCCUUCCGGAGCAGCUGCAGCCGUGAGCGCAAUGGUGAACAGCAACGGACUAGAAACAGCGCGUCCAAACGCGGCUGACCAUCCAAUUGGCAGUGCAACGUGCUCUUCCGAUCUCCUGACCACCUUUCACACCAAGAAGACGCCCAUUAUCGAUGUUCAGGUCACCCCACGUAACCUUGUCCUUUGCUCGGGUCCCUAUGAUGCAUCAAUCUGAUGUUGUUGACAUCGUGAUUGCACCCCACGUCACUGCUGAUGCUUUGCGUGGUCGCAGAGGCAAAGAGUUCAAGUCACAGGUGAGGCGGCAUGCCGCGACGAUGGAUGGUGAAUGAACCCCAUGACUCUCCUUUGCGACUCUUGAC